AUGGUGAAAUGCGACCCUCGCCACGGCAAAUACAUGGAUUGUUGCCUUUUGUAUCGUGGUGAUGUGGUGCCCAAAGAUGUGAAUGCUGCCAUUGCCACCAUCAAGACCAAGCGCACCAUCCAGUUUGUGGACUGGUGCCCCACUGGUUUCAAGGUUGGCAUCAUCUACCAGCCGCCCACUGUAGUUCCCGGUGGAGACCUGGCCAAGGUCCAGAGGGCUGUGUGCAUGCUGAGCAACACCACUGCUAUUGCAGAGGCCUGGGCUCGGCUUGACCACAAGUUUGAUCUGAUGUACGCUAAGCGUGCCUUUGUUCACUGGUAUGUGGGUGAGGGUAUGGAGGAGGGAGAGUUCUCCGAGGCCAGAGAGGACAUGGCAGCUCUGGAGAAGGAUUAUGAGGAGGUUAGAACUGAUUGUGUUGGAGAGGAUGAUGAAGGAGAUGAGUAUUGA